AGCGAACUAGUUCCGCAACAGCGCAUAUGUAACACAAUUUUGUGUUUUCCUCUUUUGCUGGAAAUCAAUUUGAAUGAAAAUCAUGGCGGCCAGCGCAAAACGAAUGCUCAACAGCCUGACACAGCUGGUGCGCUCGCUGCACACGCAACCCGCCAGCUUGUCCAGUUUCCGCUCGUCCCGCGAGCUGCAGCCGCUCGAACAGUAUCCAGAGGUUGAGAUCGUGCACAAUCCGCCAGAAUGGAAGUUUGUGGAGCGCCUGCUGCCGCCCGCCACAGUGCCACAGCCAAUUGCCAAGCCGGCCUACCCCUCCGGCUGGCAGCCACCGAAAUCCGAUGGCCUGGCCAGCGGCUAUUUUGUGGCCCGCACCAAAAACCACAUGGUGCCCGUCUAUCUGCAUACACGCUAUCGCGGCCAGCGUCGCCUAACCGUUGUGCGGCGCGUCCACGGCGACAUCUGGGCUUUGGAGCGCGAGCUGCGCGCGCUCGUGGAGCGCGCCCGCAAUGGCAAGCUGUGCGCCACGCGCGUCAACGAGCUGUCCGGCCAGAUCCACAUCCACGGCGACUAUGUGGAUCUGCUGCGCACGCAUCUCAAGCAGCUGGGAUUUUAGCUUAGAUCGCAUACAAAUUACUGUCAAUAAACACAAUUC